AUGUCUACAAACAUAAGUUGUCUUAACUUCUAUAAGGGAAAAUCUUUAUUAAUAUCUGGCUGCACAGGCUUCGUGGCCAAAGUUAUAUUGGAGAAAAUUUUAAGAGUUUUGGAAGUUAAGAGAGUUUACGUCUUGGUGAGGGCGAAGAAAGGCCAAUCAGUGACUGAGAGAUUUAAUAAAGAGAUUAUCAACUCUCAAUGUUUUGACAGAAUUCGUAAACAAAAAGGAGCAGACUUUCAAAAAUUCAUUGAGGAUGUUGUGAAACCUGUCGAUGGAGAUCUAAUUAAACCUCAUUUGGGACUCGAUAAAGAAGUUAGACAAGAGCUCAUAGAAAAUGUCAAUAUUAUCAUAAAUAGUGCUGCCAGUGUUGACUUCAAUUCCCCAAUUAAAGUUGCUUUGGAAAUCAAUUAUUAUGGAGUUCAAAAAGUGUUAGAGUUAGCUAAGUAAUGUAAAAAUUUAGAAAAUUUCAUACAUGUAUCCACAGCCUAUGUAAAUAGUGAUAAAUUUGGAUUCAUUGAGGAGAAGAUCUAUCACCCAUAAAAAGAUGUCGAAUCCUUUGUUUCGGUUCUUUAUAGAUCUUCAUAAAAUUUCGAUGAAAAAUAAUAAAAAUUGGCCCUAGACAAAUUUCCAAACACUUACACAUUUACAAAAAACUUGGCUGAGUAAAUGCUAGCAUAAUUGAGACCACCCAACAUGUAAAUCACUAUCGUAAGACCAACAAUAGUAGGAUGUUCAUUCAGGGAUCCAAUCCCUGGCUGGAUUGACAACUUGGUUGGAGGUGCAGCUGUGAUCUUUUUCGGAGGGAUUGGAUUAGUCAAAAUCUAUAAAGGAAAGGAGAAUUUAAUUACAGAUCAAGUCCCUGUUGAUUUUGUAUCUGAUAUGAUUCUGGUGGCAGGAGCCUAUGAAGCCAAUAAAAAUACUUUCUAAAUUUAUCAUUGUGGCACUAGUGCGAGAAAUCCUGCUCCUUGGAAAUUGACCAAAGAUACUUGUGUUGAAUAUUGGAAUGCUAAUCCCCCAAGUGUCAAAGUUUCACCAUGUACAAUAGAGAUUAACAAUAAUUUAUGCUAUUAUCGAUAUAUGAAUUUUAAGAGAAAAAUGGGAGCCUUAGCAUUAAAGACUUUUGCUGAUACCUUUGGUAAUUCAAGUUAGAAGAAAAACGCUAGUCGUUAUCUUAAGGUUAUUGAUAAGGCUGACACAAUCAAUAAGACUUUCAAACAUUUCAAUAGGAAUGAAUGGGUGUUUUCUUAAGAGAAUGUCUUAUAAUUAAUGAAUUGUUUAUCAAGGGAUGAAUAAGGGAUCUUUUUAUUAGAUGUUACUGAGAUGGAAUGGAGAUCUUAUAUGAUGACAUUCCAUUAUGGACUCUAGAAAUUCAUUUUGAAAGAAAAUGUCUAACCACCUGUAGAUGAAGAACCAACUGAUUUAUUGAGAUCUUGGAAGAGUGGUAACUUCACUGAUUUAAAAUGGAUUGUAGAAAAGUAAAAACUUCCAGUAGAAAAUAAAAAUUACACAAUGAAUGGUCUUUUUAAUAGGCAAAGAGCUAAGUUGUGA